UGUAAAAUGUACACUUGAGUUUGCCAUGCUGGCAAGUUAUGGUGGUUUUACGACAUCUCCUUCGUUUCGUCAUCAGCGGAUUAACAGCGGCAACGAUGGGGUAGACACGCUGGUAGCCAGGGCCAGAGCGAUGCACUGUGUGUUCCUCCGCCGCCGGCACAGGUAUUGCUGGGACUCCUCUGCAAAUACAACCUCGACCACGUGACGUGCUGCUAACUGAAGACAAUCUUAGAGCAGGUGCGCGUGUUGCUUGACACAUUUUACAGACACUCUUAUUUGUCAUUGUUUGCGCUGUGUGUUGUUAGAUAUUUUUUAUCAGCGUUUUAACAUCUUAGAAACAAGUUUGUUUCUUUAAGACGGUUUACAAUCCAUUCAUUCACUUCCCCUCAAGAAGAUUUUGACUUUUAAGUUUGGCUUCCACUGGUCAUAUCGGCUACUAUGACUGAUAACUAUAACCACGGUGGUCCAGAUGGAGGAUCGGAAUAUGUCUCGAUCCGGAGACCUCUGUACAAGACUCAGACUUUCAGGAAUCAGUUCAUGAAGACCAGUUCCACACAGAAAAGUGUCGGUGAAGCCGUUAAACAGAAGGCACGAGAUGCGUGUGCAUGCACGCCGAGCAAGAGGAAAAAAUGCCUUUUCAGUUUUCUCCCAUUCUUGAAGAUCAUGAGCAAGUACAAAUGGCGAUCGGAUCUUCCCAACGACAUCAUCGCUGGUCUGACGGUGGGAAUAAUGCAGCUGCCGCAAGGUAUGGCGUAUUCCAUGUUAGCGGAUAUGCCGCCAGUGGUCGGUCUCUACAUGUCGUUUUUCCCCGUGCUUAUAUACUUCAUAUUCGGAACUUCUAAGCAGAUCUCAAUGGGCACUGUAGCCGUAGUGAGUCUGAUGACGGGGGGUAUAGUCUCUACACAAACCAACCUGUGGAGAGAGGCGAGAGGCCUACAGAUAGAGAACACUACGAUGAUGGGGCUGAACGGGUCAGAUGGGAUACCUGGACAGGUUGCCGUGUCGGAUGACGAGAUACGCUUCAAGAUCUCUGUUGCUGCAACUGUGUGCUUUCUCACGGGCCUCAUCCAGAUCGGCAUGGGCAUAUUCAGAGUUGGGUUCUUGACCACUUACAUGUCCGACUCCCUGGUCAGCGGCUUCACCACAGGGGCGGCUGUCCACGUCUUCACGAGCCAGGUCAAAUAUGUCUUUGGAAUCAAGAUUCCUAGAUUCCCAAACCUGUUCCAGAUAAUCAAAACAUACGAAGCCAUCAUCCGCGAGUUGCCCAACACCAACCUGCCAGAGAUGGGCAUCUCCUUCAUCUGCAUCGUCAUCAUCUACCUCGUUAAGGUGCAGGUCAACCAGAGGUUCAAGGCCAAGUUGAAGGUCCCAAUCCCCGUUGAACUUAUCGUGGUCGUGAUCGGUACAACCGCCAGCCAUUUUGGAGGUUUCGUUGAAAUGUGGGGCAUCCGAACUGUUGGCCACAUCCCGGCUGGCUUGCCCGUCCCAGCUCCUCCAAGUUUCGUCAACGUCAGCAGCUACGGUACAGAUUGUAUUGCCAUCGCCAUUGUCGCGUUCGCCCAGUCGGUAUCCCUGGCAGUCGUCAUGGCCAACAAACACCACUACGACAUCGACUCCAACAAGGAACUGGUUGCCUAUGGUUUCGGCAAUGUGUUCGGCUCUUUCUUCUCCUGUUACCCCUUCGCCGCGUCCGUCUCCAGGAGCUCUGUGCAGGACUCGGCCGGAGGCAAGACUCAGGUGACCAGCAUUUUCUCCGCUUGCAUGGUCCUAAUUGUGAUACUCUUCAUUGGACCGCUGUUCCAGUCUCUACCUAACUGUGUGCUGUCCGCUAUCAUCAUGGUGGCUUUGAGGUCCAUGUUCCUGCAGAUUCUCGAGCUGAGAUCACUCUGGAGAAUUUCCAUCUACGAUUGUGCUAUCUGGAUUGUGACGUUCGUGUGCGUUGUCGUCCUUCACGUCGACAUGGGCCUCAUGAUCGGCAUCGUGUUCUCCUUCUUCACCGUCGUCGUCAGGACGCAGCUAGCCAAAGCCUCAUCCCUGGAGAAGGUGUCGGAUGUAGAGGUCCUGCAGAAGGGUGCACAAUAUGAAAAGGCGGAGAAAUAUAACGGCAUCAAGGUGGUCGGGUUCAACGCCCCCGUCUACUACGCUAACGCCGACAUCUUCAUGCGCCAUGUGUACACCGUCGCAGGUGCUAAGCCCGAGCGCAUCCUUAAGAAGAUGAAGAAACUGGAAAAACAAGAUCUCAGCAGGCUACACAGUCAGCAACAGCUGAUAAACGAAGGAACCACUGUAUUGCAACUGGAACCAAAGAAGAAUGGCAUCACCAUCAACCCCGAACCCCCAUGUAACAAUGAGAAGAUGAACAAGAGGAUGUCUCUGUCAGGCGUCAUCGUGGAGGACCCCCGUCCCUUCCACCACAUCGUCAUCGACUGCACAGCGAUGCACUUCAUUGAUCCGGUCGGCGUUAAAAUAUUCAAACAGAUUUUCACAGAUUACAAUAACGUCGGAAUUUCGGUGUUCCUUGGCAAUGUCAGAGAUGAGAUGUGGUACGUGCUGGAACAAACGAAGUUCGUGGAGACAUAUCAUGACUGUAUUUACCUCACGACAUAUGAUGCUGUCACGGCGGCCUCUACCGAACGUAAAGCCAAUGAUCUCGUCCAAGAUGUGGAAUCGGACCUUACGGAACCCACUAUAGAGGACAAGUUAUUGCCUGUCCAAUCAUGACGUCGGUUUUAGUGUACAUCACGCAUAUGUAGACAUGACUGCUGAGAAACCUUUAUCAAGGCAUCCUUGAACCCUGCGUUUUAAAAGUCAAGGCCGUAGACAUGGGGGUCAAGGUCAAGGCCAUGUCUAAAUAUCCGCAACAUUUGGAAGCGAACUGAAGAUACUCGGCCUGCCGUUGUCCAUUGUGGAUAAAAGUUUCUUUGUGGUGUUAGUUACUCCAGGUUACCAUCCUCGAGUAUCCAGUGUGUUAAAUCUCCAUUUGUACAAAAUACCCUGGACCCAUGCUUUAUCAUAGCAUGGUUUCGAGUCCGAAACGACGCUAAAAAUAACCGUCCAAUCAAAAUGCAAAAUGGAUAUUUAAUUCCCUGGAUAACCCAGGAUGGGUUAAUACUCAUGAAGGGAAAGGAAAGUUGACAUUUAUAUCGGGGAACAUAUACAGUAGUACUGGGACCCAAGAAUCUCAGUGGCUUCAUAUGGAUACAUUGAUACAUUAACCCCAUUGGUUCAAUUUUUAGAUAAACAUUACUUAUCCUUAUUUGUGCAAUCAUCGAAGAUUAUUUUUUAUUAAUCCAAACCAUGCUUUCCAUACUUACAUACACAACAAGGCCCAUGGAGUUGAAAAAAAAAACAGGCCACCGAAACGUAUACUCUAGAUAGCUGAACGCUUCUGUAGGCAAUCCUGAUGAUUCCAAUUUCAAACGUAUGAUAAUUUGAGACAGUUUUGUUUAUAAAAAACAUGGACAUGUUCAAAGGAAUAAGUCGUCAGAAAAUGCCGUUAACAUUUAAUGUCGCAUAAAAAAAUUCAUCGUCUCAAACACCAAAUGGUCGUCAGCACAGAUACUUGGCUUAUAAAACAGUUACGUUUUGGGAUGUUCUUGCCCAACUAUAUUUUAAUGUUUAGUGCUUGUGUCGUCACUGGUUUGUGGGUAGUUUCAUAUACCACGUGACUAUAGUCUCUUUCAUUCCGGGACAAGCCGUGAAUAUUACGUAAAUAUCCGAGUGGUGACGAAUGCUUUACGCAAAGAAAGUUGUUGCAUCAAUGUAAAGAGUAGUUAUUAGAUCGUAGAAACACGUUGAAUUGCAAGACAAGUACUUAUCUUACAUAGAAAGAAUACGAGGGAGUAGAAUAUUCAUUUGUACAUAAACUCAUAUCAGUGAUGUUUUCAUCGUCUUUCAUGUGUAUAUAUAUAAUUCAUACAACUUGUAUAUAUGUUAUUGUACAAAUACGUCCAUAAAUGAUAUCUAAACUCGAAAUUGUAUCUAUGGAAACAGUUCUAGUUAUAACAUUAUGAUGAUAAUGUUACAGUCAUUACAAAAUCUAAUCAUCAUUAUCAUGUAUAGACAUUGUGUUACACUUGUAUAUGUGCUAAAUGCACCGUUAACAUCUUGAUGAACUGCAUCCGUGACCACUCGUGUCAUUCCGUGGGUUACGGAAAGUUGCGAAUGGUGACGAAUGGGGAUAAACUGGUGUCUUCUUAUUACUCAGGAGUACCCGAAUUUUGUGGGCAAAAUGUAUCGGAAAUAGAAAUAAAUGAUUUUAUUGAGA